AAAAUCAACACUGUCGAAGCUGAGUGAGCUCCCUUUGCCUCCUUUACAUUGUUCUGCUUGCACCUGCCGCAUGCCUGCGACAGACUUGAGCAGAAGGCAACGGCAGUAGUAGGAGAAGCAGCAGCCGCAGCAGCAACAGCCGUCUUUGAAACACUGCCAUUGAGAAGAGUUGGACAGGGAGAAUAUUGGCACCGGCAUCUCAUGCGCGAGGCGUGGACUCUUCAGCAGAAUCCAAGGAACUUCAUGGCAACGCUGAGCAGCUGAUCCCACUGGGGCUAAUGCGUCUGCCAGAAGAGUCGGCUGUGGGGAGGGAAGGCAGGAAAGCAACAAAUCAUCCAGACUAUCCAAAGGCGAGACAUUUUCUUGCAUAAUAAUUAAAGGGAGAAACAGAAGAGACCCUUUGAAAAGCAUCCUUAAUGGACAGAUGUAGCCUUUUGGGAGAUGCUGUCAUGAUUUUUGUCCCCCGUUUGCAGAGAUAAAAAGGAGUCAGCAAGAGGCGUCCAAGGCAAUUCUUUGGUGUCCGUUUUCUUUUUUUGGUCAUUGUUCUUAUCUUUCGUUGAUGCAUUGCUAUUUGCUGACCUUUCCUAUUGGAAUCUAUGCUCCCUUCCGUACUUGCUCCACCCAUACAGUUCCAGCUGAGAGAAGGCGCUCCUCCACCUAGCCCCAUCCACAGAAUUCCCCCCACUAUGGAUGACGUACCUUUCCGCUGAAAUUACUUUGUCAUAAGAUGCCAUUGCCGAUGCUCAAGAGGAAAUAAAAUUGCAAGCUCAAGGAGAAGGAGCACGGAAGAGGGGGCGGGGAGACCCGAAAGCAUUAGCAAAAAAGGGAUGUUGACAUCUUUUCUCCAGAAAGCCAAAUUGUACCGUUAAAAAACCACAGUAAUUGAUAGGAAUGAUUGAUUGCCGUGUGCCAUCUAGAAGUGGCUUUUGACACAUGCUGUGGAGUUGCAACCAUUUCCCAGGCCUGCAUGAUGCCUGAAGACAGGAAUACGGGGGUCCGGGCUUCAGGUCCUUUGGCGUCAUCCCCCUUUGUUCCGAAAACUACCUACAGAAGAAUUAAGCGGUGUUUUAGUUUCCGCAAAGGAAUUUUUGGUCAGAAGCUGGAAGACACAGUCCGUUAUGAGAAAAGGUAUGGAAGCCAUUUGGCUCCCAUGUUGGUUGAACAGUGCGUGGAUUUCAUUCGGCUUCGUGGACUGACAGAGGAAGGGCUCUUCCGACUGCCGGGCCAAGCAAACCUUGUCAAAGAAUUACAGGAUGCAUUUGACUGUGGGGAGAAGCCAUUGUUUGACAGAAACACAGAUGUACACACAGUGGCAUCACUUCUGAAACUGUACCUUCGAGAGCUUCCAGAACCAGUUAUCCCAUACUCCAAAUAUGAAGAUUUUCUUGCCUGUGCCAAAAUGCUCAGCAAGGAAGAAGAAACGGGGCUGAAUGAAUUAGUGAAACACGUGAAGAGCUUGCCACUUGUCAACUUCAACCUGUUGAAGUACAUUUGCAGGUUCCUGGAUGAAGUCCAAUCCUAUUCUGGAGUCAACAAAAUGAGUGUUCAAAACCUUGCAACUGUCUUUGGUCCAAACAUCCUGCGUCCCAAAGUGGAAGAUCCUCUGACUAUCAUGGAAGGAACGGUUGUUGUCCAGCAGUUGAUGUCCGUGAUGAUAAGCGAACAUGAGCUACUGUUUCCCAAAGAUGCAGAUCUCCAAAGUGGGCCAGAGGUUUGUAAUAACAACAAUGAGGUCCAGAAGAAAGUGAUAAUUGGUCAGCUACAGAACAAAGAGAACAACAACACCAAGGAAUCAUCCCCAGUGAGACGCUGCUCUUGGGAGAAACCCGAAUCUCCACAAAGAACCAUUGUGGACAACGGAUCUCCAACUGCCCAGCCUGGGAGCAAGUCAAAUAGCCCAAGGAACAGCAUUCACAAAUUGGACAUGACUAGAAGUCCACCACUCAUGGUGAAAAAGAAUCCUGCAUUUAAUAAAGGCAGUGGUAUUGUCACCAAUGGAUCCUUUAGCAGUUCAGUGGAGGGUCAGGAAAAGACAUCACCCCAUUUAUCAAAUGGUACAUUGCAGGCUAGAAGAACAUCUUCCUUGAAAGGACCAGUAACUAAAAUGGGUACACAUAGUGUGCAGAAUGGAGGUGUACGGAUGGGUGUUUCCAGCACUGAUGCCCAUAGCAACUCUUUGAACAGCCGGAACCAGUGCUGGAUGCCAAAUGGGUAUGUAACAUUGAGGGACAACAAGCAAAAGGAAUCCAUGAGUGAGUCGGGCCAGCAUAAUAGACUCUCUACUUAUGACAAUGUACACCAGCAGUUCUCCAUAGUGAAUGCUGAAGAUAAGCAGAGUGUUGAUAGUGCAACUUGGUCCACAUCCUCUUGUGAAAUAUCCCUCCCAGAGCAUUCCAAUUCCUGCCGGUCUUCUACCACCACCUGCCCUGAGCAAGACUUUUAUGGAGCCAAUUUUGAAGACCCUGUACUAGAUGAGCCACAGCAUGAAGAUCCCAACCAAGGGGAUUAUGAGAACAAAGGUGAUCGAAGAAGUAUUGGGGGACGGAGCAGCCGGGCUACCAGUAGCAGUGACAACAGUGAAACCUUUGUUGCCAAUAACACAAGUAACCAUAGUGCUUUGCACAGCCUUGUGUCGAGCCUGAAGCAGGAAAUGACAAAACAAAAACUGGAGUAUGAAACAAGGAUAAAAAGCCUUGAACAGAGGAAUCUCUCCUUGGAGACAGAAAUGAUGACCCUGCAUGAUGAACUGGAACAAGAGAAGAAGAAGUUUACAAUGGUAGAAAUCAAAAUGCGCAAUGCCGAGCGGGCCAAAGAAGAUGCUGAGAAGAGGAAUGACAUGUUACAGAAAGAGAUGGAGCAAUUCUUCUCCACAUUUGGGGAACUGACAGUGGAGCCACGUCGACCAGACAGAGCAAACACCAUAUGGAUCCAGUGAGCUCUGUUCUGACCAAGACUGUGGGAUUCUGGGAAAAUGGUUGCUGGGAUAUUGUAUUGUAACAGGUGACGGGUCACCUGACUGAGGCUAGCACUCAACAUGAUAUUGUCAGCCCUCAAAAGAGGACAUCCCAUCCAUGUCAAUCAACUGCAUCUGCUGUGUGUAUUUUUUAACUGAGAAAUCAUACUCCCUGAAUGCACCAUAAUGCUACUGUUAAGUGUUACAUCUGAGUUUUGUGUAUAUAGAUUUUAAAUAGGUCAAUCUGAGGGAUUUGGGCGGUUGGGAUGGAUUAGAAAGAGAUGAGAAAAAUAUUUUAAUGCAAGUCUUAUAUUUAAGCAGAUAUCUUCAUUGCAAUCAAGCUUUAUAUUGAGGCUUUUCUCCCUUGCACUUAACAUAAUAAGCUAUUUUUGACAUUGUGUUCCCAUCAGCUUAUUUUGUACAUUAUUUGUUUUUUUCCCCUGUUGCUGGGGAAUAUAUAUAUAUAUAUAUAUAUAUAUAUAUAUAUGAUGUUAGCUAUUAAAUCAAAGCAAAAGAAAUAUAUUGUGUGGCUGUGCUCUUUGUGCCAAUUGAUUUGCUCAUAACCAAAAAACCUCCACAACAGCCUGUAAAUAAUUUUAUAAAAAUAUAAUAUGAAUACCUAAUUGA